AUGAGACGCUACAACAACUACGGUCGGUCGGGGUGGGGUUCAUCUCGCCGGGGCCAACCGUCGGCUCGUCGGGAGGCUGGGGGGUUUAGCCACCAUCCGCUUGAUGAGUUGGAAUUUGAGACGAGACAGGGAGAGGAUGUUCAGCAGGGAGAUCCGGUUAACAAUAAAUUGGACCGCUUGUUGGAUCGUUUUGAUAAAUUAGACGUGUGGAGGGAUGAGACGGACCGGAGGUUUGAGAAUCUUGAAGCGCCUCCCUCACGCGAGGUCGAACCCCCGUCGCGACAAGACGAUUGGGAGGAGUAUGAGGAUGUGGACGUUAGGGGCAAGAGGCCAUGGGACCGAGGGCAUAGGCCUCGACGUGCGGCAGUUAGUUGGGAUACAUCGGGGGUUGAUUCUACCCGUUCGAGGUUUAACAGUUUCAAUCAGUCAUUUGACCGCCCACCGUCCUGUUGGGACCCCCCCCAACGCUUCAGUUCGCGUGAGGCAUCGUUUGACAAAUCCGACAGGGUGAAGAUGGCGGCGCCACGAUUCGAUGGCUCAGACGCGACCAAUUGGGUAUCGCGAGUCCAAUUUUAUUUUAAUCACCUUAUGAUGCCAGACGCGCAGCGCUUACACUAUGCGGUCAUGUUGUUUGAUCCCCCCGCAUCGGAGUGGGUCUUUAACUAUUGCGCGAACAAUGAAUUUGUCACGUGGCAGGAGUUCUUGGAGGAUGUACGCCAUCGUUUUGACAGACAAAGUUUUCAAGACUACUUUGGUCUAAUUGCCAAAUUGACACAGACCGGGUCGGUAAUCGAAUAUCAUGAUACGUUUGAGAGAUACCUCAACCGAGUUCAGGGCGUUCCGGAGAGGCAGCUCUUCACUCUGUUCGUGGGGGGUUUAAAACCGGAUAUGCAAGAGAGGUUGCGUCUGCAUCGGCCGUCGUCCCUCGCUGCAGCGAUGGCUUUGGCCUUGGAACUGGCCGAUACUCACUACGAUCACCAACAGCCCCAGCAGACAUCUCGUCGGCCAUGGCAACCUCGCGAGAUGCGCAAUCAGCCGACACCGAGCCCCACCCAGCCGCCACCUCCGAACGCUGGCGGCCAGCCUCAGCAGACAGGCCCUGGACGCGUUCCCAACCCCCCUCGCACACCUCAAAUCCGGGUGUCCCAGGCUGAGAAGGCAGAACGGGCAAAACUGGGCCUCUGCUAUUUCUGCCCGGAUAAGUGGGUCGUGGGGCAUGUUUGUAAACAGCGGCUGCUCUGUUAUGCCGAUGACCCGAUCGAUGUGGAGGACGAGGAUUUGGAGCAUGUGCCAACUGAGGCGUACGAGAUCACAGAGGUAGCCCACGUCCACGCUAUGUAUGGGGGUCGUAGAUCGCGCCCAUUGAACGUGAUAGGGACCAUACAGGACCGGGAAGUGAGCAUUUUGAUCGUUACGGGAAGCGAUCGGGAUUUCCUACACCCACAGAUCGCGCAGGGUUUACACCUGCCGAUUUCCCCUAUUCGACCAUUCAGAGUGAUUGUGGGGAAUGGCGAGGCCCUGCUUUGCACGCACAUUUCAAAGCAGACGAAGUUGGAAAUACAGGGUACAACAUUUUUGGUGGAUUUACACAUUCUGCCGGUGCAUGGCCCGGACGUUAUUUUGGGGAUGGACUGGCUCGAGUCCUUGGGGCCAAUCACGGCAGAUUUCGCGGAUAAGAAGCUGACAUUCUCACACGGGGAUCAACGGGUCGUGCUGAAGGGUAUAUUGCCCCCACCCCGCCGCGUUCCUCUUCAACUCUUCGCUUCGUUAGUGCCGGCAGAGAAGGGGCACGACAUCUUCGAAUUAUUGUUACUAGACACGGAAACCGCUCAACCGGAGCACACUGCGGCCGAGGAGUUUCCGGCGGGUCUGCCGCCGGGUAUAGUGGAGGCCCUCACACAAUUCAAACCGGUUUUUAGCCUGCCGGCGGGAAUGCCUCCCAAACGGCCCUUCGAUCAUCGUGUCCAUUUGUUGCCUGGCACGAAACCCGUCAACGUGAGGCCUUACCGCUAUCCUUACUUUCAGAAGAAUGAAAUUGAACGACAGGUUAGGGACAUGCUUGAGCAGGGCAUUAUUCAGCGGAGCAACAGUUCGUUCUCGUCCCCAGUACUACUCAUCAGGAAGAAGGACGGGACAUUUCGAUUUUGCAUCGAUUACCGGGCUUUGAACAGCGCCACGGUCCCGGAUCAAUUUCCGAUCCCGACGGCAGACGAACUCUUUGACGAGCUGGGCAAGGCUCGGAUUUUCACUAAACUAGACCUCCGUUCGGGGUACCAUCAAAUUAGAAUGCAUGACGCAGACAUCUUCAAAACGGCCUUCCGCACUCAUGAUGGCCACUUUGAGUUUUUGGUCAUGCCCUUCGGCCUUACGAAUGCACCCUCGACGUUUCAGGCGGCUAUGAAUGCUAUUUUUCAACCAAUGCUUCGGAAAUUUGUCAUCGUCUUCUUCGAUGACAUUUUAGUCUACAGCCCGUCGGUCGAGACGCACGGACAACACUUGACCGAGGUGCUUGCCGUAUUACAGACGAACAACUUCUUUGUGAAGCUAUCGAAGUGUUCGUUUUGCAGCACCACGGUGGAAUAUUUGGGCCAUUUGAUCAGCGGGGGCCUCCUUAAAGCCGACCCGAGUAAAAUUUCCGCAAUGACAGCCUGGCCUACACCCACGUCGGUCAAGCAGCUCAGGGGGUUUUUGGGUCUGACGGGGUACUACCGUCGCUUUAUUGCUGGUUAUGCGAUGAUUGCAGCUCCGUUAACCGAGCUGCUCAAGAAAGAUUCCUUCCAUUGGUCUCCGGAGGCUGAGGAGAGUUUUGGAAACUUAAAGACGGCAAUGACAUCAGCCCCGGUGUUGCGACUGCCCGACUUCGACCGCCAGUUCUGCGUCGAGACCGACGCCUCUGAUCUGGGCAUCGGGGCAGUAUUGUUGCAGGAUAGCCACCCCAUCGCAUUUUUUAGCAAGAAAUUGGGCCCUCGACGUCGGGUGGCGUCUACGUAUCACAAGGAAUUGUACGCCAUUGUGGAAGCGGUACAAAAAUGGCGACAGUAUCUCUUGGGGCGGGAAUUCGUUAUUCGAAGUGACCAAAAGAGCUUGAAGGAAUUACUACAGCAGGUCGUUCAAACCCCAGACCAGUAG